AUGUGUCAAUGCGAGGUCACGCAUACCACGGUCUGUGGCACGGGCCGGCCCUACAUCACCGACGACCCGGACCCGGCGUCCACGAGCCUGAUCCUCGACCCGUACGCAAAGCCGCCUCCGUGCGACCCCGCGCGCUGCCCCGGCCGCGGUACUGAAGCAGUGGUCUCUGCCCCCGGAGACGUCAUCGUCGACGACGCCGGCAACAGGAGCAUCGCGUGCCCUGACCACCAGUGCUGCCGGCUGACGGUGGUGUGGUACCGCUGCCUUUGCUGCCCCGAUACGCCCUCGGCCGAGGCGUGCCCCCACUAUGUGCUGUACUCGGAGUACAGGCAGCUGCAGCCAGACAACCCCCUGCUCGCCCCCUUGCCGCAUCAGAUCCUCGACCGGGACGCGUUGGCGUUGUACGGGAUCGCUCCCGGCGAGUCGCCCGACUUUAUACAGUUCCGGAGCAAGCUGUUCGCGGCGGGCCGGCGGCUGCUGGCGGCGCGGCAGAGGGCGGCAGACUGGAUGCGGAGGCCCCAAGAGGCUGCUCCUGGCGGUGCAGGUGUAGACGGCCAGGCGGCUCUGACGCAGGAGGCGUGGCAGGGCUACUUGGACCUGCUGGCCGCGCUCAGUGAGGCGGGGGAAGCGUUCCGGGAUCUGAUGGAGCUGUACUUUGACCACUUUGAGGGCUUGGAGGGGUACAACUAUAUUGCGGCCGAGUUUGUCGAGAGCGCCAGACGGCGGCGGGGCCUGGAGUUGAUGCUCAGGGAGGUUGAUAAUGAUGGUGAUGUGAUGGACCUGGGGAAGACGGUGUUGGGGAUGCAGUUGGGUUGA